AUGGCGGAAUCCACAACACCAACCCAAGCGAAUCCAACGUCAGUCGGGUCGAGGCGGCGAGCUCGUUGUGUCGAGUAUGCGAGCUGACAUGGACUCCUGCUGCGGCCCGCAUCCCCCGCUCGCGCUCGCUGGCUGCUGGCUGCCCGUCGCCUUUUCCUCACAGCGAUGUCGGCGCCGAUUCGAACCGUAUCUCGUGGGCUUUCCUCGCGCAGUGAGUACGGCUGGCACAGUACGAGGACCGAGUCCGACUAGCUGACCCGAAUUCGUGUUUACCUUGCUCAGAUACUAUUCGUUCUUGGUAGGUUGUCCUGCUGUAUCCGCUGGUGACGCUCCAUCGACGAGGUCGAGCUCACCCACAUCACAUUGCCCACCGGUUCAACAUCUGCCCGUUCACAACUCGCCCCUACUCACACUUACGCUCCCCCCCCCCCCCCCACCUUCUCGCACCUCGACUCCUCGCAGAACAAGGACCCUUCCCGACUACACUGCUUCUACACCAAGCGCUCGACCUUGAUCCACUCGACCGAGGGCGAGGAGACCACCGCGUGCUAUGGCCAACAGGUGCGCUCAACUUUCGUGCAACAGGCCAUGUUCAAGCUCACCGAACUCCUUCUUGGCUUGUUGAUCAAACAGGAAAUCCACCACAAGCUCAUGUCGCUCAAGUUCGAGGACUGCAAGGUUUACAUCUCCAACGUCGAUUCGCAAUCGUCGGCCGAAGGAGGCAUCAUCGUCCAAGUCAGUCACACAUGCGGUCAACGUAUCCCUAUAAUGCUUUUGGAUCAGAGAGUUCAUUGAACACCACUUUUUUUUAACCUAUCAGGUCAUUGGAGAACAAUCCAACCACGGCGGCCCAUGGCGCAAGUUCUCCCAGACCUUUUUCCUCGCCGAGCAACCCAACGGCUACUUUGUCCUCAACGACAUCUGCCGCUACAUCAAGGAGGAAGGCGACGACGACGACAUCAACGCCGGGUAUACCCACCCCGCUUCCAUCGUUACCGCUGCCGCCGUAUCGAACGCCCACCUCGCGGGCUCGAGUCUUCCCCCCGCUCAAUCGACCGAGACGACCGCCGUUUCGGACGAUGCCGCCGCCAUCGCCGAGGCGACCCCCCUCUUUGCCGACGACACUUACUCGAGCAUCCAAGAGACCUUCCCCACCCUUGACGCUUCGCCCGCCUUCAAUGGCACUCAAGAGCCCCAGUCGACGACCAAAGCCGAGGCCGUGAAGGAGAUUUCAUCGCCUGCCGCCGCUGCCCCCACUCCACUUCCGAAUGGUCACCACGCCCCCCAGGCCACAACCUCGACCCCCGCUGAGCCCGCUGAGCCCGCCGUCGCCGAGACGGAAACCGAAACCGUCGUUGAAGCUAAGCACGAGGAGCCCGAGGCUUCGAUCUCGGCCUCGACCACUGAGGAGUUGACGCCCGCCGCUGCUUCCGCACCUGCGGUGACCGAGGAAAUCCCCUCUACGAUCGCUCAAGCCGCUACUCCUGAACCUACCGCCGCCGCCGCCGCCGCCGCACCAGCAACAUCUACCCCUGCUCCCGCUCCCGCUCCCGCUCCCAGUUCUAGCCCCGCCUCGACCCCCGCCCCUGCUGCUGAGCAAGCCCCGGCCGCUCCUGCCCUGCCUGCCGCACCUGCUGCCCCCAAGUCAUGGGCCAGUCUCGCCGCCGCGAAUGGUGGCGCCAACAAAUGGGGCAAGACCGCCGUCGCUUCGGCCAAGGGGAUCUCGGCUGCUCCUACACCAGCUCCUUCCACCUCGACUGAACGUCCCUCGGCCGCUUCGACCUCGCACGAGGCUGGAUCUGCGGCAGGUCACGAAGGUGGAAAGACAAGAGGUAAAGGUGUUUCGGGAUCGUCGUCGAACGCGGGUCAUGGCUUGAGCGCUUCCGGAUCAACCACAGGUGCUGGAGGCAACUUCCACGAUUCGGUGCUGGCGGUGACGACGACGAUGUGCUACAUCAAGGGCGUACAGGAGAACGUGUCGGAGAAGGCGUUGAUGGACGUGUUGACGAGUCGGUUCGGACCGAUGUGCGAGUGCUCCAUUAUCAGAAAUGUACGUGGGGCGACUUUGCUCCUACUUUUUUCAUCGAGAGGGGGAGUUUCUCUUACUUAACGCCGCACCUUUUUCUCUGUUACAGAAAGCCUGCGCUUUCGUCGAAUAUGAAUCCCUCCUCUCGGCACGCAAAGCCCUACAAGCCUCGGUGCUCCGUUCCGAAGGUGGAGAAGGGGGUGUGCGCGUGCCGGUCGACCCGAGUCACCCCGCGAGCAACGGGAAGGAUUUCGCUAUCAUUCAGAUUUUGGAGAGGAAGGAACAUGGCGAGAGACCACCUUCGCAACCUAGGAGGGGGCCGGGAGGAGGGAGGACAGGUGGUCAGGGACAGGGUCAGGGUCAGCCGGGUCAGGGACAGGGACAGGGACAACAGGGCGGGAAUAAACGAACGGGCGGUGGAGGAAGGACGGGUGCGCAAGGUGCUCAGCAGGGGAAUCAACAGGGGACCAAUAACAGUAGGGGAUCUAAACCGACUGCCGCGACGAAGUGA